AAAUCUUCCUCAUUACUGAAAAUAGACUCCGUUUAUGUAUUUUACAUGUCUAUGGUUUGGCGAUUUGUAAAAAUAGUUUGAUCAAUUGACAGUAUCAAUGGAUUUUUCAUUUUCAUUUCAGAUAUCAAUGCUUUGAUUCAUUAUAAAUGUCAGAUUGACAGAAUAUGAUAUAAUUUUUUCUUUUACUGGAUAACAUUGCCAAUUCUUUUCAGAAUAGUGUGAUUUCAGAAUUCUUCAAAAUAAGGAGAUUGUCUUUCUUUCUAUUCUACAUACAACGAACAAAUUAUAUCUUUUUAAAUAUGGAAGUGGAUGUUGCAUUAAUGUGCGUUGUGAGGACUUUCCUUGAACCAUCUUCUUAUAUUUAUGAAGAUGAAAAUGCGAGCAUUCUACAAUUAAUUAUGGAACAAGAUUUACUAGGAAUUACAGAUACUGUUUCUAUAACAAGAAAUUAUCAACGGACUGAAGAUUAUGUCGAACAUAUAAUUCCAUCACUUAGCAGUGCACAAUUCAAAUCUCACUUUAAAAUGCUACCAUCAACAUUUGAAUUUAUUCUGGAUGAGAUUGGAGAGAAAUUAAUUCGCACUACUGAUGGAAAUGUAAUGGUGUCUGCAGAUAAGCAACUGCUAUUGAGUUUGUGGCGUUUUGCAACUACAGAUUCAUAUAGUGCUAUAAAUCAACGAUUUAAUGUGGGUAAAGGCACAGCUGUAAGAUCCGUGCGUCGUGUUGCUAAAGCAUUACGCGAGCUUUCCUCAAAAUAUAUUGUGUGGCCUACAGGAGAUAGAAUACGGAAUGUUGUGCAUGGCUUUUCUUGUGCAAGUGGUUUUCCUGAUACCAUUGGUGCCAUAGGUGGUACCCAUAUUAAUAUUCCUUCAUCCAAGAAUAAUCCAGAGACUUGUGCCAAUCAGAAGAACCAUUAUUCAAUUCAAGUUCAAGCUACUUGUGAUCACACAAAAUUGUUCACACAUGUUCUCUUAGGAAAUGUAAAUUCAGAUCAUGAUAUUUGUGCUUUCCGUUUUUCCGCUCUUCAAAAAUAUAUCAGUGAUCCAAAUAAAUUUCCAAAUAAUACACAUUUAAUUGGAGAUGCUGUUUAUGGAUUGCAUGAACAUCUUAUGGUUCCAUAUCCUGAUGACAAAAAUCUCACAAAACAACAAAGGAAUUAUAAUUUAUGCCAUUCUUCUGGCAGAAUAAUGAUCAAACGAGCAUUCGCUCUUUUAAAAGGACGUUGGAGAAGUCUAUUACAUGUUUUGGCAAUAAGUCGCAUGGAUUUUACCUCUGAUCAUAUACUGGCAUGUUGUGUAUUGCACAACAUUUGUUUGCUAAAAAAGGAUGAAUUACAAGGGCAAUUGAUUAUUCUAGAUGCAGAAGAAACAGAACUGCAAGAAGAAAAAAUAGAAUAUGAUGAAACAAAUGCUGCAGAAGCUAAACGAAACGAUAUAUGUGCCAAAUUAUGUAUGAAAAAUGUAUGAAUAAUCAAGGUAUUGCA